AUGCAACCCCUGGAGGCGUAUCUGCAAGCGCAGCAACAACGUCUUGAGGCCGCUUUCGAUCACCAUCUCCCCGCCCCUGGCGCCGACCCGCCAGCGCUGUCCGAGGCGAUGCGCUACAGCGUGUUCGCCGGUGGCAAGCGCGUGCGCCCCGUCCUGCUGCUGGCAGCCACCGAGGCGGUCGGCGGCGACUGCGAGGCGGUGCUUCCUGCCGCCUGCGCCAUGGAAUUCGUGCAUACCUAUUCGCUCAUCCACGACGACCUGCCCGCCAUGGACGACGAUGAUUACCGGCGCGGCCAGUUCACCAGCCACAAGGUUUUCGGUGAGGCGGUGGCCAUCCUCGCCGGCGACGCUCUGCUGACCUACGCGUUCGAAGUCAUGGCCGGACCCGACCUGACGAGCCGAUUUGCGCCCGCCGUGUUGCUGGAGGCCACGCACUGCCUGGCGCGCGCGGCGGGCUGGUCCGGCAUGGUCGGGGGGCAAGUGGUGGACAUGGCAUCGGAAGGCCGGGAGGUGUCGCUCGACGUGCUCGAAUACAUCCACCGCCAUAAGACCGCCGCCUUGAUCGGCGCGGCCGUCACCAUCGGCGGCUUGCUCGGCGGCGGCUCGGCGGCGCAGUUGGAGGCGCUGAAGCGCUACGGGCAGGCUAUCGGACUGGCGUUCCAGAUUGCUGACGACGUCCUGGACGUGGAAGGCGACAGCGCCGCACUGGGCAAGCAGGCCGGGCAGGACGAGAAGCACGGCAAGGCGACCUACCCGGCGCUGCUCGGGGUAGAGGCCUCGCGCCAGCACGCCGCGGCGUUGCUGAACGACGCGCUCGCAGCGCUCGGCGAUUUUGACGCCGGCGCCGAGCGGCUGCGGCAACUGGCCCGUUUCAUCGUCAACCGUAAGGCACAGGCGCUGAUCCUGGCGGGCAAAAUCGCCGUGGACGGCCAGUGCCUGACGCAAUGCGGGGCGCGGGUAGCCGCCCAGGCGGAGGUGAGGCUGCUGGGCGCUCCGAGCCCCUACGUCAGCCGCGGCGGCGAGAAACUGGCGGCGGGUCUUGAGGCGUUUGACUGCCGGGGCCAGAAUGCCGUCGCUCUCGACGUCGGCGCCUCCACCGGUGGCUUUACCGACUGUCUCCUGCAAGCCGGCGCCCGGCGCGUCUACGCCGUGGACGUGGGCUACGGCCAGUUGCACUGGCGGCUGCGCAACGAUCCGCGCGUCGUCGUGCGCGAACGCACCAACGCCCGCUACCUGACACCGCACGAUUUCCCCGAGCGCAUGAAUUUCCUGACGGUGGACGCCUCGUUCAUCUCGUUGCGCCUGCUGUUGCCCGCCCUCGUCCCCCUGCUGACCCCACAAGCCGAGGCGAUCCUGCUCAUCAAACCACAAUUCGAGGUGGGUAAAGGCGAAGUCGGCAAAGGCGGCGUGGUGCGGGAUGCGAGACAGCACCGGCAGGUGUUGCAGGCGGUUCUGGCGUCGGCGCAGGCGUGCGGGCUGGGGCUGCGCGCGGCCAUCCUCUCCCCCCUCUCCGGUCCCAAGGGCAACCGCGAGUUUCUCGCCCAUCUAACCGCAGGCGCGCCACCUAUGUCUCAGCGGGGGCUGGAGGAGUUGUGCGUGCAGUUGACGAGGGAGCCCGGUGGUUGA